AUGGCUAUCAGAAACUUUUCAUGGCCAAUUUUGUUUGUUCUCUUUCUAUGCUUAUGUGCCAAAACCAAAUCUUCCAAUAUAACAGAUACCAUCUCUAUUGGAAACUCUCUCUCUGGGGACCAGAUCAUUGUCUCUGCACAUGGAGAGUUUGAGCUUGGUUUCUUCAAACCUGGUAACUCUUCUUACUACUACAUAGGCAUCUGGUUCAAGCAGGUUUCUGUCCAAACAGUAGUCUGGGUGGCAAACAGGGAUAAACCUCUCUCUGAUAAAUACAAAUCAGAACUCAAGAUCACAAAUGGUAAUUUGGUUCUUUUUGAUGAGUCUCACAUCCCAGUAUGGUCUACAAAUGUCAAACCCACCAGUUCAGAUUCUACAAAAGCAGUUCUUUUUGACACGGGAAAUCUUGAACUGAGAGACGGGGUUCACUCAUCUGAAACAAUGUGGCGAAGUUUUGAUCAUCCAACAGAUAAAAUGCUUCCGGGCAUGAAGAUCGGAUUGGACAAGCGUACCAAAAAGAUGAGGCGUCUUACUUCAUGGAGAAGUCCAGAUGAUCCAGCCACUGGAAUCUUCUCCGUAGGACUCGACCCAGCAGUGACUAGUCAGUACAUCAUAACGUGGAAUAGGUCAGUGAAGUAUUGGGCUAGUGGAAAGUGGGAUGGUCAUAAGUAUACAUCUACUCCUGAAAUGAACACAAACUAUGUGUUCACUGAUAUAAUAUUUGGUUACAACCAUAUUGAUAAUGAAAAUGAGACCUAUUUCACAUUUUGGUGUUACAGUAACAAGAGCUCCACAAAACUAAAAGCUAUGUUUGCAAUGGAUGUGUAUGGAUUUGUUCAGAAGUUGAUCUGGGUGGACUCUUACCAGCAGUGGUAUAUGUUUUGGUCCCGACCCACACAACAGUGUGAGGUAUAUGGCCUCUGCGGGCCUUUCGGGACUUGCAAUCAGAAGACUGAAGAUUUUUGCAACUGUUUGCCAGGUUUCACGCCAAGCUCUCAAAAAGAUUGGGAACUGAAAGUUUGGUCUGAUGGCUGCCAAAGAAAAGCUAAUUUGCAGUUCAGCAACGACACUUCUAAUGGAGGGAAGGAUUGGUUUUUACCGAUGCCUAACAUGAGAUUGCCUGCGAAUCCGCAAUUAUUGCGGGUUAGUAGCGUCGGGGAAUGCCAAUGGGCAUGCUUAAACAACAACUCAUGCACUGCUUAUGCUUUUGACACAGACGGAUGUUCGACUUGGAUGGGAAAUCUCUUAAACCUACAGCAACAAUCAGAAGAUGAUGCAACCACUGUUGGACAAACGCUCCACAUCAGACUUGCUGCUUCCGAGUUCUCCAGUAAGCAUCGCAAGGAAACAGUAAUUAAAAUUGUAGUAGGCUCAUUUGCUGGAGCAGUAGCCCUCUUGGGCCUUCUUUUGGUUGCAGUGUUGAAAUGGAGGAGCUUCGGCAGAACAAGAAAGGUAGUGGAUGGUUUGUUGGUGCAUUUUCAGUAUAGAGAUUUACAGAAUGCAACAAAAAAAUUUUCAGAAAAAUUGGGGGGAGGAGGUUUUGGUUCUGUUUUCAAGGGGAUAUUACCAGAUUCAACAGUCAUAGCUGUGAAGAAGCUAGAAAGCAUCAGCCAAGGGGAGAAGCAAUUCCGAUCAGAAGUCAGUACGAUCGGAACAACCCAACAUGUUAAUCUUGUUCGGCUUCGUGGGUUUUGCUCUGAAGGUUCCAAAAGACUGUUGGUCUACGAUUACAUGCCAAACCAUUCUUUAGCAUCCCAUCUUUUUCAUGAAAAGCAUUCGCAGGUUUUAACAUGGGAGAAAAGGUACCAAAUUCUGUUGGGAACAGCUAGAGGAUUGGCCUAUCUUCAUGAGAAGUGUAGAGACUGUAUUAUACACUGUGACAUAAAGCCGGAAAACAUUCUUUUAGAUGCUGAAUUCUGCGCAAAAAUAGCAGAUUUUGGCCUAGCGAAGCUUCUGGGGAGGGAGUUCAGCCGUGUCCUGACAACCAUGAGAGGUACUAGAGGCUACCUUGCGCCAGAGUGGAUUUCUGGAGUACCCAUAUCUGCCAAAGCUGAUGUCUUUAGCUACGGUAUGAUGCUCUUUGAAUUGAUAUCAGGAAGGAGAAACUUUAUGCAAUCUGAAGAUUCGACAGUUGAAUUCUUCCCAAGUUGCGCUGCAAAACAAAUCACUGAUGGUGGUGAUGUGCUUUGCUUGUUAGACCAUAGGCUUGAGGGAACAGCUGAUGCAGAUCAGCUGUCCAGAGUUUGUAGAGUUGCAUGUUGGUGCAUCCAAGAUGAUGAAACUCACAGGCCUUCAAUGGGUCGGGUAGUUCAGAUCCUUGAGGGCAUUUUGGAUGUGAGCCUUCCUCCACUGCCAAGAUGUGUCCAAGCAUUUACUGAAAAGAAAGAAAGCAUAUAUUUCUAUGCUGAGUUAUCCUCGAGCCAAAGAUCUCAAGCACGCAGAAAUGCAUCAACAGCUGAGAUAGGGAAUCAUGUUGUGAACACGUCCGAGCUGGGACUUGAAGAAGGCAAUUGA